UUUUGCACCCGGUCCUGUUGUUCCCUGGUGGCUAUAAAAGAGCUGCUCCAUUGCCUGACAGACCAUAACACUGACUCGACACUGAAGACACGACAUCUUCACACUGAGAGCCUGAAGACAUCACCUGAACUGAAAACAUGGACCCUUGCGACUGCUCAAAGAGUGGAACCUGCAACUGCGGAGGAUCCUGCACUUGCACAAACUGCUCCUGCACCAGCUGCAAGAAGAGCUGCUGCCCCUGUUGCCCAUCCGGCUGCACCAAGUGUGCCUCUGGCUGCGUGUGCAAAGGGAAGACGUGCGACACCAGCUGCUGCCAGUGAGGAGUGUGCAGCAUCAGCCUCUGCUGCCCCUGUGAUGGCGCCUGUGGGGACCCACUUUGAAUGAUUACUUGCUGUUUAUUUUGUACUCGUCUUCAAUGUUGAAAUAAAAGUUAUCCUUAAACACA